AUUCCACUACGUCAAGUCGUCCCGUCCGCUCGGUGAAGAUGUCUGCGACGGGUACAGGCGGCUGUGGACCCGGACCCGGACCAGGACCCGGACCCUCCCCGGGCGCCGGGUCUGGGGCCUCUAACCCCCGAAAGUUCAGCGAGAAGAUAGCGCUGCACACACAGCGGCAGGCCGAGGAGACAGCCGCCUUCCAGGAGGUUAUGAUGGACAUCACCUCAACCAGGCUUCAGGCCCAGAAGCUCCGACUGGCCCGGAGUCAGGGUCCAUACUACAGUGGAUCACUGCCCAAUGUCAACCAGAUCGGCAGGAACCCUCAGGAAUUCCAGGGCACUUUCCCCUCCACUCUGGAGUCAAAUCGGUCGACUCGGCAUCAUGGUCUGGUGGAGCGAGUUCAGAGGGACCGGCGAUUCAUGUCACCAGUCCGACCGUACCGCAAUCGACAAGUGGACAACUCCCCGUAUAACCCCGCCUACCUGUCCCCGCCCCCAGACCCCAGCUGGAGAAGGAACUGGUCCGGAAACUUCCCCGGGGAUAAAAGCCAGUUGUUUCGUCUCCCCACUACAGCACUUAACAGGACCAACUCCGACUCAGCCCUCCACACCAGUGUGAUGAACCCACCCACAGGAGACCCCUUCACCACAGGAGGACCCACACUCAUCCCCCAGAGCACCAGACGUACCGGUCAGAGUGAUGGAGAAAGCAGAAGAAUGUUUCCGUACCCAGUACCCCCGAUCGAAGAAAACGUGUUAAGUGAGGGGAAACUGCUCAAACCCUGGGACACCAAGAAGUUGCCUCUGCUGUCGUCCCGACCGAAAUCCUGCGAAGUCCCCGACAUAAAUAUCUUCACGUCUCCGGAGCAGCCGUCCACCCCGGCCCACAGCGUCCCUUCAGCUCUUAACACCGGCGGCUCUCUGCCCGACCUCUCAAGCCUCCACUUCCCCUCGCCACUGCCCACACCACUGGAUCAGGAUGAACCCGGCUACCCAGGAUCCUCCUCUCUGAGUGGGGGCAACAGCACAGGGAACCUAGCCUCCACGCUUACCCAGCUGGGUAUCAAUGCCGCCAACGCACCAGGAGGAAACGGCAACUUCCACCACCACUCACCUGGUCUCCUUGCAUCUCUACAGAACGCGCUCAGUAACCCCUCCCUGCAGUCAUCACUAAGUAACCCCAACAUCCAGUCGUCUCUCAGCAGCCACUCCUUCUCCAACUCACUGAGCUCCGCCUCCCUGCACUCGUCGCUCAGCAACCCGUCUCUGCAGUCAUCGCUCAGCUCCUCCCCUUCCCUGCCAUCCUCCCUCAGCAGCCAAUCGCUGCACUCGUCCCUCAGUAACUCCUCCCUCCAGUCGGCCUCCAGCAGUAACCCUGGCUACAGCAGUGGAGUGGGCGGGUCUAGCUCCUGCUCUUCAUCCUAUUCGCCGCUGCUCAGUGGGCAGGGUCAGCCUGCACUCAGCACGUCACCGCGGAGACGGGCUCAACUCUCACCGCUCAUCCUCCCCAUGGGAGGGGAGACAAGGAGGCAUCACUCCAAACAGUUCUCCCCCACCAUCUCCCCCACACUGUCCUCCAUCACACAGGGCGUCCCUCUGGACACCAGUAAACUCCCCCUGGACCAGAGGCUGCCCCCAUAUCCCCUAAGCCAGUCCCACCAGCACCAGCCUGGCUCCCAUCAGCCCCUCUCCGGUCUGUCCAGCUCCCAGCAGAGCCAGCACCACCACCAACAGCUGCACCGUCUCCAGCAGCCGCAGCAACAACAACAGAUGCAGUCACUGCAGCAGCUGCACCUGCAGAACCUACGGAACUCACACAACCAGCACAUGCAGCAGCACUUUGGAACGAGGCCAAUGGGGCCGCAGGUGAACACAGCAAACUCACCACUGAUUAAAAGUGAGGGUUCAUUGGAUCAGUGUGGUCAGAGUCCCUCGUCAUCCUCCUCGUCUUCGUCACAGUGCCAGGUCAAACAGGAGGUGGAGCAGCAGGCGGAGCAGCAGAGGGUCAGAACCUUACCACAGCUCCAACAGAUCAGCCACAACCUGGCCACCGACCUGGGCCUCUACAACGAUGCCUUGUUCAAUUCUCUUCUGGAUGACCCCUACCUGAAUGUCCAGCUCAAAUCCAACCAGCAGUUCACCACAGACCCCCAGAGCGACGGCCUCUCUCUGAACCACAGUGGUCUGACCUGUGGCAGCUCUGAUAAGAACCAGUUCCCGUCCAACACACAGGGUCCCCUGGAGCUGCAGGACUGUGGAGACCAGCAGCUCCUUAACAAUCAGAACCAGAACUACAGCGGAGGGGAAGGACGCCAUAACGUCCCCAACAUCAUCCUCACAGGGGACUCUCCUCCCGGUCUGUCUAAAGAGAUCGCCAGCGCUCUGUCCCACGUCCCCGGCUUUGAGAUGGACCCGUUCUCCCUAGAUGACCCGCUCCGUAUGGACCCUCUGGCGUUGGACAUGUUGGACGGAGACCUGAUGUUGGCCGACCCGGCGGUGGAGGAGACGUUCAGAUCGGACCGUCUCAAGUGACCCCCAUCUCCCCCUUUGCUCCAAGAGCUCAGCGGGACUGGCGAGGAGACGACCUCUGUGACGGAUGCGAAGAAGAACCUGCCCACUCACCGCUUCCCCCAAUCAGACGGUCUGCAAAGAGAGAGGAAGCUCCGCCCACCAACAGGAGGCAGCAACGUCUGGCGGACAGGGAGCUUUUCUUUCGAAGGCACUUAACUCAAAAUUUUAAAAAAAAGAAAAAAAAUGCUCUUGCAAAGCUUGAAGUCAAGAAAAACCCAAGAUGCUUUUCCUUUUAGGCAUUAGCUUGUACGAGUCUUAUCUGCAUGUGAAUGAAAAAUGCAAACACACAGCGCAGGAAAACUUCGCUGAUGUGAUGUCAGCUACGUUUAACAAACCAGCAAACAGAGCUUUAUGCACCCGGGCCUUUCCGACUGUUUCCUGUCUGCUGAUUAGCUCCGCAGGGAUGAUCUGACCCCUUUUAUCUGCCAUCAGGUUAGAAAUAACCACCAGUGUGAGGCCAACUCUGCUUCAUCAGCCACUUUGAAAAGGAACAGAGCCAUGACAGAAACGACAAGAUGAUUUAAUGAGACUUUCUCUGACUUUCACAACCCUCCAUGUGCUGCUUCUGUGCAGGUCACUUAUCAAAGGUGUUGAUAAUAUCCUCAAAAUCAGGUGAAACACACUGAGCUGUGUUUGGGAGCCACUAAGUCAACUAAACCUGCCACUUGGCUUCAAAAAACCCUAUGACAUAAAUGAAAAAUCUCACAGUUCUGAGUAAAAUACAAAUUUGACAACAGUGGUGACAUGAAAGAAAUAUUGAAAAUGUCGCUUUUUUUCUGUAUUCUCUGACCUGGCAGUUCAGAAGGGAGUCUACACCACUGAACCUAACAAUGAAAGAUAUUUAAAAAUCACAAAUGAAGAUGGGGAUCAUUUCAUCUUCCCCAUUUUUUUGAAAUCCCCAAAACCCAACCUGUUAAAAUGCACCUUUACCGACAGAAACAUCACUGCCUUGAUGACAGAGAAAGUGAUGCAUUAGAAGUUUAAGAAGUAAUCAGUCCUAAAAGAUGUUUUUUAUAAAGAAUUAUGUAUUUUGUGAAUGAAUCUGAUAUGUGAAGGUGCAGAUGCAGAUUAAAGGAUCAGUUUACUCGCAUAAAACACAUGAAACUUGCAUCAGAAACAAGUCUGACUGAGGUCAAUGUACCUCACAUUAGAGAUGGGAAUCAUUACAAAUCGUUCCUCUUUUUCUUCUUUGACAUCUUUUUCUGACAGUUUAACUUCAUUUUCAUGGUCGGCCACAAAGCUACUGGUAUCUUUUUCAGUGGCCGAUGCCUGAUAUGUAAUGAAAACUGUUGUAAUAAUUACUCAAACAUGAAGCUAAGAAUAAGAAAAACAAGAAUCUCUCCUCUAGGAGUCAUCUCAAAAAGCAGACAAUCAUAAAAAAAAAUUGGAUAAAAAGCUUUAAAAUCCCAAUUUUCAUGAUGAUUUGUAAGUUAAAAAGGUUAUAUACUUUUUUGUAUAAAUUUAGCUGUCACUUUAAAACUGUUCACUUUGUUAUACUGAAAAUAUUUGUUUCCAUGGCACAAAAGGAAAAAAAAAUAGGGACAACAGUGAGAAUUUCUCAACCUAUUAAUUUGUGUUUAUUUACACUGUUGUGUAUCGGCAUUGUCUCCAUUUUGUUCAGUAGAUCUGUUGACUGUACUGAUGUGAAAUCAAACUGUAGAGAGUAAUUGAUGUCAAUGGAACAAAUUAAUGAUCACUGGAAAAUAUUAGCUAAAAUAAUAGCUAA